CAGACUUUUUCUGCGACGCUGUUGCAAGGUGUUUGGCUACCGAGCUUCUGAGCUGCCCUUGCAUGCUUCCCUGCACUAAUUUGUCUAUCGGCCCACUAGAUUCAUGAUAGGUCCACAUCCGUCCCUCUUGGAUUUGAUCUUCUCUAAAUUCAUUGAUUUUGUCACGGACAUUUUAUACAAAUCACCUCUAGGUGCUAGAAACCAAGCAUGUCCCUCAUUUAAGUGCGCCCUUAGUCGUCAGAUUAAUGAUCAUUCCGACCGAGUUCCAAAUAUAUGGCGCGCGGACUGUCAGACAAUGAAAGCCGAAGCCGCAAAGUCGUCUUCUGUCAUUUUGGAAAGUGAUGACAUUCAAACGGCCUGGGACAGAUUUAACUCAUGCUUCAUUGAGCUCUCUCUCCCAUAUACCACUAUCUGGCAGAAAUGCAACUAGGGCAAAACCACCCUGGUUUGAUUCUGCUGUACACAAACAACUCAACAGACGUGCCAGAUGUUGGCGUACCUACUUAUCUGCUCC